GCAGGCUUCACAGAUUGCUCAUUCAUUUGGCCGUGGUGGAAAGAAAGGAUAAGUGAAGGGGCACAAGACCACUAUCUCUUCAAACUCUUUACCCCCAUUAGAGAAGAAAGAGCCGAUUUUCAAGACCGGGGGGAUGGUCCUUCUCGUCAUUGAGUAGCCAUUGGUGUUUCACACCUGCGUUAGAACAUGGAGAACAUGUAACCCGAUUGUGAACCACACGGGUUGCUGCAUACCACACGCAGCAAGGCAGAUGAUUUUCCCCAGUGUUUGCAAACAGCAUAACAAUAGACUGUGUACACAAUCGAGCAGAUUGACUCCAAAGAUCCUCACUACGGGAGGUGACUUUCCUUUCGUUGUCAUGCCAAGUGGUUUCCAGUGAAUUUUUAACCAUGGAGGUGGGUCGCAUGCUUCACGGAUGGGGAAGUAUCUGGUGGGCAUAGGGGCCUAAACAUCUUCCUUUUCGCUGCUUAUCUGGUCCUUGCUCUUUGUGUAGAGCCAUGAAGUGUCUCCAAGCGAGGAAUCAUAGUUUUCAACCUCGGUAAUAUUUGAGUGAACGUGAACAACGAGUAAACAGUUUGUAGUGGAGUCACGACAUCAAGGACCCUUUUCACACAAUAUUGUGAUAGUUUAUCGCCGUGAUAGUGGGUUAUAUUUCAGUCUUCAACACGAUCGUGAGCAUGAUUUGUUAAUCAAGUAUUGUGCGUAAAACGAACAUAACGGGUAGUGGCCCAUUAGCGGCAAUGGUCUGGCAGCAAGGGGAGGGUGCAACAACGGCUACCCGACAACCAGGUUUGGUUUGACAAUUUGGAACUAACUUUUGAGAGAUUAUUUUACCAUGAUGAAGGCCUCGAUGUCAAAGACAGUUCAUGUCGACAAGCGUCCAAGUUUUGCCGGCAAUCUUGUGACCAUCUUCGCCGGACGGGCCGAGCGUACGGCUGAGAGCACGGCGCUUCGACAGAACCUACCGGGCAAGAGCCACGUCGGGCGGAUACUCCUUAACGACAACACGAGCCAGGAGCGACUCUUGGAUAUGAGGCUCUCAGACAUCCACAAUGCAAGGAAGAAAACGGCUACUUUUAUCACUCACCAGAAGAAGACGUUUAUAAACAGAAUGGAACAUAGGCAGAGUACGUGGGUUAGGGAACACUCAAGGAGGGCGAACAGCCUCAAUUCUUUGGCGAGAAAGAAGGGUGACCAUGAGGAGUCGCGGGACAUCGAGGAAGAAGGUGAAGAAACGAACCUUGAGGGUGAGAAAGGUGAGAACAAGAAUGUGGGUUUACCGGAAAUUAAGGAGAAACAUUCAGACGGAGCGGAUUCUCUCCCUGACAUCACUAGGGGAGUGCGGGCCGUGAAAAGCAACAAUGGAGUUGCUUCUGGUUCGAGGGUCGGAGAGGGCAGACAGGGAAAUAUUUCACUGCCCUCUCUGCAGAAAACAAAAACCUUAGACAAACCCACAACCUCUGCCGAGGGUAUUCGACUUCCCUCGGUACUCAUAACAUCUGAAGCUGAAGCGGACUUGGCUAACCAUGAGGCCCUCACAACUGAUGAGGGAGUGACCUCUGCUAGAAGGAAACCCCAUCACCGAGCAGAGACCGUUCCGUUUAGAGAGGUACACCUCACCGGACCGUCGCCGACGUUUAUCUCGGAGGCUCUGCCAAGAAUUCAAAUCAAAGAGUGCCCGAGACUCCCCACACAGCACGGCAGGAAGAUGCGAGGGCACCAUCGGAGGCGAAAGAGGAGUUCGGCCACCAGAGGUUGUGACAAUGACCCUCUUGAAGACGAUAGGUUCUUGAGGUUGCAACAUACCCUCGCACCUCAUCUUGCUUGGCAGGAGUCUAGAGAUAUAGCGAGUAUAGCUGGUGGCGUGAUUGCUGCUAAGAAACUUGUGUCAGAGAAACGAUUAAGGAAAUCAAAUCAAUUUAACAUAGACUCUGACUGAUUGAUUUUUAAGUGAAACUAAAAUUUUGAAUCAUAAAACACUGGAAAAAUGAGAGGCAAAAGAAAUAUGGCAACCCUUCUUUAAUUAGACGAGAAAGUCUAGUUAUACACGCAUGCUUUGAGUGUCUUUUGAACACUUGCCGUUUUAAAAUUGUCAAAUUUCGGCAUUUUUCAAAGAAAGAUGUCCUCAUCCUGCAACCACUUUUGCACUCAUUUUUACCACAAGGAAUAUCUCAUUUGAGUAAAUUUAAUACUUAUUUAUUUCAUAACGAGUUAGAAAGUUGUUGUUAGAUACGAAAAUGUUUCCGUUUUGAAGAGUGACACAAUUUGACCAGCACUUUUUGUUUGAUUUUAUUUUAAAAUUCGACAUCAAAAUUUCCGAAGUCUGGUCUAAACGCCAACGAACAAAUAAGUGUAUUUUUAUUUGCAGUGCAGUUCCUUUAUUUAUGAGUUCACAUUCAUGCUUCAAUUUUGUUUUUAAAAACAUAAAAAACUGUCAGUAACUAUAGGUGCCAGUAAACUUCUCGUACGAAUGGACUGGACAAGAAUUAAAAAAGAAAAUAUGAAAGCUUUUCUAAAAAAUAAACAUGAAUUUGUCAAACAAC